CAAUUUCAUUAUUGAUUAAUUGUCCUUCUCCUCCAAUCAUUUUGAAUUCCCUAUUUUCACUCAGAUUUUAGGGUUUUCUUUAUAGGUUAUACUGCAAUUCUCCUGAAUUUAGGGUUUGCUUUUACAGGGAGGAUACUAUUUUCGUUGUGAGAAAUGAGUUGAAGUUUCUUUCCUCGUUAGAUAUUUUCAAGGAAUAUUUUUGUGGCUAGUUGAGUGAGGGUAAUGGAGGACGGAGAACUUGAUUUCUCGAAUCACGAGAUGUUUGCAGAUGCGAAUAUGGUUGACCUUCCUAGUAAUGACUCAAUCGAUAGUUUUCUUGAUGAUAUUUUCAAGGAUACACAUGCUUGUACCCAUACUCAUACGUGUAACCCACCGGGCCCUGAUGCAUCACAUACACACACAUGUUACCAUGUGCACACGAAAAUCGUGCCUGCAAUAAGCGGUGACGAUGAUAAGACCCCCACUGAUGACACUGCUGAGUCUGGGGAUAAGAAAUGUAAGAAACGUCCAUUAGGGAAUCGUGAAGCAGUGAGAAAGUAUCGUGAGAAAAAGAAGGCUAGGGCGGCGUCUUUAGAGGAUGAAGUAGUUAGAUUGAGAGCGUUGAAUCAGCAGCUGAUGAAGAGAAUCCAGAGUCAAGCUGGGUUAGAGGCUGAAGUAGCAAGAUUGAAGUGUUUGCUUGUGGAUAUUAGAGGACGGAUCGAAGGAGAAAUUGGGACUUUUCCAUAUCAGAAGCAGCUGCCUGCUAAUCAUAACAUAGCUAAUACUAAUCUGGGUGGUGGGUAUGUGAUGAAUCCUUGUAAUAUGCAGUGUGGGGAUCAAGUGUAUUGCCUUCAUCCUGAUAUAGAUGGAAAUACUGGAGAAGAUGCAUCAAUGCAUGAUCCGGCUCUUAAUGGCUGUGAGUUUGAGAAUCUGCAAUGCAUGGGGAACCAAAAUUCAUUGCUGAAUGACUUUUCAGGUUGUGCAACUGAUGGUUUGCUUGCGAGCAAUCCUCCUGCUGGACGAACAAAGAAAAAAGGUUCUCGUGUGGCGAUAUCUAAAUGACUUGAGAACCUGAUUGAAGCACAGAUCCUUCUUGGUGUAUGAUAUAUUGUUGAGUGAUCACCAUGUGCUUCAGUCUUAAACUUGUUCUAUCAGUUGAGUUUUGUGAGUAAACGUCGUUUUUUGUUCUAUUUAGGCAAACGUAAUUGAAGAAAUGCUUCUUAAUGUGUGUUUUAAAUAAUGUUUAGUGAAUGAGGAAGUUUUUUAUGAUGUCCAGAUGAUUAAAUCUCUUCCCAUCACUGGAUUGUUGAAUUAGAAAACUUUAUUUAGGAUCUA